GAAAAACGGGCAGACAAUUCAACGAGCAAGAAACUAUAUGGCUUGGCGGUGUACCAUUAAUACAUUUGCCUUGUAGCUUCCCAAUAUAUUUAAUCGGUGUGUACUAUAACGGGUUAUUGCUAAACGAUCUGGCAGCUGGACUUUACCAUCGAUCGUUUGUCAAAGUAACGGCUUACGAUACUGUUAGGCACGUGCAAAACAGUUUCAUCAGGCUGGCGCCUGGAAGUCCAUUUACGAG